AUGCAGCAUCCUGUGUCGAAGCAAGAUCUCCUGCCUCUUGUCGUGCUCUCAGGCCUCGUUGUCUUCCUCGUCCUCGUGUGGAAUGUUCGUCAGGAGGCGAUGGCAUACGCUGAAGACGAGCGCUACCUCCUCGCGGGAGGGGUCGAGGACCCUUUGGCUAGGAAAGAAGAAUCCAUGGUAGUUGAGAUGAAGAAAGAACUCCGCUCGAUGAACAUGAAGAUACUUGAGGCCAACAAGAAGCUGAAAGACUGUCUGCAUGGCAAGAAACAGCAUGGUGAGAAACCUGAGUUGAAAACAAGCGUGGACAAGGCGACUUCACAGCGCGAGCAAAGCUUAUCUCUUGCUCCAUCCAACCCUCAGGCAAGGAGUUUGAAGGGCAUGGCAUUCUCCGCUCGUGCUCCGAUUCGUUAUCCUCGCAUCACUCACGUCGACACGGAGAGGGCGAGACUUCUGAUGCUGAAUCGCCAUAUCAACAACCCCGCGCUCAUGCAGCUCCUCAACAGCCGCGGCAUCACCAUGCAACACAACGUUGCUACCCAAGGCCUGCAACAGGGAAGAGCACUGGCGCCGCGGGUCUGGAAUGCAUCGGCGGCUACAGCUGCCACCCCCGAGCUGUUUCCUCAACUGCAGCAACCGACAAGAUCGGAUUUCUUCAGUGCGGCCAACGGGAAUGGCGGGCAAGUUGUAUCAGCACUGAGUGCGCCUGCUGCUUCAUACGCGGCCCCAAACUUUCUUCAGCGUCAGCCUGCGGUCCACCAGGUGGCUGUGGAGAUCGAUCCUUGCAAGGUUCUUGUCACGCUGGUGACUACGUUCAUGGACAACGGGGACCCUAGGAAGGAGAUGGCCCAGGAGAACGCUCUGCGAUCGUUUGCGAGGUUGUCUGGCAAGGGGCUCAAGGCGUAUCUGUUCACCGACUCUCCCAAGUGGACGAUGAAGGCGAAGAUGUACGGGAUCGAGGUGGUCGACAGGUUCGAGACGAACAGCGCGGGGACUCCCCUGCUGAACUACAUGUACAACUACAUCGCACAUAAGGACAAGUGCCCUCAGAUGGACCGUUUCGUGCUUGACGGCUACACCAACGGUGACAUCAUCUUCACCGAAGAUCUCCUCAAGACGGCCGAGGCUGUCAAGGCGCGAUGGGGCCCGGACCUCGCGCUCGGGAAGAUGAAAGGAGUGCUGCUCAUCGGCAAGAGGCUGAAUGUGGACCUUGCGAACGAGAUGCUGAGUUCUGAUGACGAAGUUCGUGCAAUGGCGACAAGGGGAGAGCUGUUUCAGAAUGAUGCGGAGGAUUACUUCAUCUACUCCCGCGGGUGGCUGAACUGGAACGACGUGCCCAACUUCGUGGUGGGGAGAAGGUCGUAUGACAACUGGCUGGUGGACCACGCGGUCCACACCGAGGGUGUAGCGACUAUCGACUGCAGCAACACAGUGACGGCAGUCCAUCUGACAGCGUCCGAUGGGAUCAAGGCGGGACACAACAAGGGGGUAGACAACGAUCACAACAUCAACGUCCUCAACCCCCUCACGCUGCAGCGAGUUCAUGAGGGGGAGUGGGACCACGGGUCCACGGACGAUGCUCGAUACUUCAGCAUAACGGAUGGUGCCAACGGCAUCGGGUUUCAGCAGCGGUACAGCUAG